GUCCAAACUCCAUUUUACUUAAACUGGAGAUAUUUGUUGGGUGAUAGGAACUGCUUGAAACAUUUUGGUCCAAGGAUGUAUGUUCAAAACUUCACAGCAACAUCAUGUUCUUGAUGCAUGGAUAUAAUGUAGAUAACUUAAAUAUGGUCGAUUGAAGAUGUUGCUGAUUUUGUUUGCAAUGUGCUGCCUGUAUGCCACUAUGGAUGUUCAAGGAAUUCCUCAAGAUGGAAAAAAUAAGCCAAGAACUUUAAUGAAUACUAAAGAAUUGAUCCUCUAUCAUGGAUACCCCUGUGAGGAGCACGAUGUUGUAACACAAGAUGACUAUAUCCUUAGUAUUUUCCGAAUUCCAUAUGGGAGAGAAGAAAAUGCAAGCACAAAUUCGAAGCCUGCUGUACUCCUGCAACAUGGCAUGUUUGGAGAAGCUUCUAAUUGGAUCGCCAGUGGUUCUAGUAAUAGCCUAGGCUUUGUCCUAGCAGAUAAUGGCUGUGAUGUUUGGCUAGGAAGCAGCAGGGGGAGCCAGUGGUCUAAAAAACAUGUGUCUCUUUCAACUGAAGAUGAGAAUUUCUGGGCAUUCAGCUUUGAUCACAUGGCUCAAUAUGAUCUUCCAGCGACUGUAGAUUUUAUCCUGCAGAAAACUGGACAGCAGCAGUUAUUUUAUGUUGGUCAUUCACAAGGAAGCACUAUAGGUUUUAUAGCUUUUUCCACUAUGCCUCAUUUGGCUAGAAAAAUCAAGAUAAACUUUGCCUUAGCUCCUGUGGUCUCAGUAAAACAUGCCAUAUCUCCAUUAAAAAAGCUUUUUACGCUUCCUGAUUUCCUUUACAAGAUCAUAUUGGGCACUAAAGAAUUUAAUUGGCGAAGACCGGUAUCUCGUGACAAGUCUGGAUUUUGUAGUUUUUUUGAAUACUCAAAUAUUUGCUCUAAUAUCAUAUACAACUUAUUUUGGUCAGCGCAAAAGGCCCUAAAUAUGAGUCAAGUAGAUGGAUAUGAAGUUAAUCGUUUAGUUGGAACAUCUGUACAAAAUCUGAUACAUUGGUCACAGGUGAUGAAGAGUGGCAAACUCCAAGCUUAUGAUUAUGGAACAUUGAAAAACUUGGAACGUUAUGAAAAGACACACCCUCCUGAAUACAAUGUAACGAAUAUGAAUGUAUCAACGGCAGUUUGGAAUGUUGGAAAUGAUGGACUUGCUGACCCUGAGGAUAUUGCCCUCUUACUCCCUCAAAUCACAAACCUCACAUACCACAAGUUUAUUCCUGAAUGGGAUCAUGAGUCAUUCAUCUAUGGUUUGGAUGCUUAUGUUCAACUGCAUCGUGAAAUCCUUAAUAUGAUCAAGGGGUCUUAUUGAGAAUGAGGUAAACAAUAGAGAGGACAUGGAGUGUAUCUUACAAUGCAAUCCUGUGCAAAGUCAAAACCCUCUGCUGUCAACCCUCCUGAAUACAAUGUAAUGAAUAUUAAUGUAUCAACUGCCGUUUGGACUGUUGGAAAUGAUGGACUUGCUGACCCUGAGGAUAUUGCCCUCUUACUCCCUCAAAUCACAAACCUCACAUACCACAAGUUUAUUCCUGAAUGGGAUCAUGAGUCAUUCAUCUAUGGUUUGGAUGCUUAUGUUCAACUGCAUCGUGAAAUCCUUAAUAUGAUCAAGGGGUCUUAUUGAGAAUGAGGUAAACAAUAGAGAGGACAUGGAGUGUAUCUUACAAUGCAAUCCUGUGCAAACCCUCUGCUGUCAACCCUCCUGAAUACAAUGUAAUGAAUAUUAAUGUAUCAACUGCCGUUUGGACUGUUGGAAAUGAUGGACUUGCUGACCCUGAGGAUAUUGCCCUCUUACUCCCUCAAAUCACAAACCUCACAUACCACAAGUUUAUUCCUGAAUGGGAUCAUGAGUCAUUCAUCUGUGGUUUGGAUGCAUAUGUUCAACUGCAUAGUGAAAUCCUUAAUAUGAUCAAGGGGACUUAUUGAGAAUGAGGUAAACAAUAGAGAGGACAUGGAGUGUAUCUUACAGUGCAAUCCUGUGCAGAGUUGAAACUGUCAAUUUGCUUAGACCGUAAGAACUCUGCAAAGGCUUGCACCCUUCUGAAUUUCCUUCUGUAUGUCCUCUUGACCCAGAGAUAUUCCCCAAGUUUCUUGUAAAUUUUUAUGGACUGGAAAUUAUUUUACCUUCCUCAAAGUUCCCACAAACACUUGCCCAAGAAGGACCUUCCACCACCACCCUUCCCAGACUGAACAAUGAGUAAAAACUGGUACUAAACUGAACGGCUAAACUUAACACUGUAGAAGUGUGCAAUGACAGACCAGUAACCUGAUCUCCCUUCCAAAAGUUACUUUGGGAAGGGAAGGCACUUUAUAACAGUGAAAGAGAUGUAGGGCUACCAUUACAUGUACACCAUUCUAUGCAGCUUGCCCGUAAUACAGAGGAAAAGGUGAUUUCCAGAGGUAAAGCCUUAGAGGGCCACAUAUACAGGCUACAUCUUGGUGUAGUUUGGUGUAGUGGUUAAGUGCGCGGACUCUAAUCUGGGAGAACCG